UUCCUAUUCCUCUCCCUCUCCCUCUUUCUUGGCUAAAUAAACAAAAAUGUGGCUUCCAAAGUCAAAUGGAUCAAAGAAGGGGGGAAAUGGGAUUGUGGCAGUUGCAAUAGAUAAGGACAAAGGAAGCCAAAAUGCUUUGAAAUGGGCACUUGAGAAUUUGCUGUCAAGAGGCCAAACUGUCAUUUUAAUCCAUGUUCUUCACAGGGUAUCCUCGCAUAACUCUGCCCAUGGACAUCCUUAUGAUUUCAGUAAUGGAAAGCAGCAACUUGACAAGACAACCAAUGAUCUUUUCAUUUCAUUUCAUUGCUACUGUACACGCAAGGAUGUACAAUGCCUUGAUAUUGUACUUGAGGACCAUGACGUAGUAAGAGGACUAACUGAAUAUGUUUCCUAUGCCGCCAUUGAGAAUUUGGUCGUGGGUGCCUCGCGACAUGGCUUUAUUAGGAAAUUCAAGGCAGAUAUACCAAGCAGUGUAUCAAAAGGAGCACCAGAUUUCUGCAAUGUAUUUGUCAUCUCCAAAGGAAAGGUAUCUUCAGUGCGACAUGCUUCUCGUGCAGCCCCUUUUACAUCCCCAUUACAAGAUCAAAUACAAGCUCUAAACAAGCCUAUUGAUACCAUGUCUGAAACACAAUCCAUGCAUAGUGGGAGUAUGAGAGAAAGGACAUUAGUCAAGCCUCGCAUGUCAGUUGAUGAAUCAUGUAGAUCGCCACUUGAAAGAGGAGGACGAGCUUUCAAUGUCAAAUCAUUCGCAGAAUUCAUGGACACAGAAACUGAAUUAUCAUUUGUCAGUUCUGGGAGGCCAAGCACUGAUCGAACAUCUUCUGUUGCCUUGGAUUUCACUGAUUCAUGCCUACCAUCACGCCUUUCAACUAGUUCUGACGUGAGCUUUGGAUCAAUACGUUCUGCACCAAAGUUCAAUGACCUAUCUUCACUGCACGAAUUCUCAACUUUUUCUCAUGAUAGUGAAAGAACAUCAUUUUCAGGUUCAUCACAGACCAUGGAUGAUAUGGAAGCUGAGAUGAGGAGGCUAAAACUAGAGCUGAAGCAAACAAUGGAUAUGUACAGUACUGCAUGUAAAGAAGCCCUCACAGCAAAGCAAAAGGCAACGGAAUUGCACCGCUGGAGAGUAGAAGAAGAACGGAAAAUGGAAGAGGCUAAAAUUGCUGAGGAAGCUGCACUCUCGGCUGCAGAGAAAGAGAAAAUCAGGUGUAGGGCAGCUGUGGAGGCAGCUGAAGCAGCUAAGAAGCUAGCAGAAUUGGAAGCGCAAAAGAGACUAAACGUAGAAUUGAAAGCCCUCAGAGAAGCAGAGGAAAUGAAGAAAGUAAUGGAAGCUCUAGCAAAAAAAGAUGUCAGAUACAGGAGAUACAGUAUUGAGGAAAUUGAAGAGGCAACAGAAUGCUUUUCUGAAUCAAGGAAGAUUGGAGAAGGAGGUUAUGGUCCAGUUUACAAGUGUUAUCUUGAUCAUACAUCAGUCGCAGUUAAGGUAUUACGUCCAGAUGCAGCCCAAGGAAGGUCGCAAUUUCAGCGAGAGGUGGAAGUACUUAGCUUAAUACGGCAUCCCAACAUGGUACUCCUCCUAGGAGCCUGUCCAGAGUACGGCGUUCUAGUGUACGAAUACAUGGCUAAUGGAAGCUUGGAGGACUGUCUCCUCCGGAGAGGGAAUUCACCAGUGCUUCCUUGGCAAUUAAGGUUCCGAAUUGCAGCAGAAAUUGCAACAGGUCUACUGUUUCUCCAUCAGACCAAGCCAGAACCACUAGUGCACCGUGACUUGAAGCCAGCCAACAUUUUGCUAGACCACAACUAUGUAUGUAAGAUCAGUGAUGUUGGAUUGGCAAGGCUAGUCCCAGCAGUAGCAGAGAAUGUAACACAGUACCACAUGACAUCAACAGCAGGAACAUUCUGCUACAUUGAUCCAGAGUACCAACAAACUGGAAUGCUAGGCGUAAAGUCAGAUGUAUAUUCCUUAGGCAUCAUGCUUCUGCAAAUAUUAACAGCAAAACCACCAAUGGGUUUGACUCACAUUGUUGAACAAGCCAUUGAGAAGGGGUCAUUGAAAGAGGUUCUAGACCCAGCAGUGACUGAUUGGCCAAUGGAGGAGACAUUAACCUUUGCGAAGCUAUCACUCCGAUGUGCAGAACUGAGACGGAAAGACAGACCAGAUCUUGGUAAGGAAGUGUUGGUUGAGCUACAGAAAUUGAGAGAAUUUGCCCAAGAGAAUAUGAACCAAAUGUGUUUGACCACGAUUGCAGGCCCUUCGCCACACCACAGUUAUAUUUCCUCAGGACAGGAAGUGUUGAGUGAUCCUUUAGGUGGACGUUCAGAAAGUAUAAGGAGCCAAUCAAGUACAUCAUCACAAGCAGAAGGAAGUUAAGAGAUCCAAAGUCUAAAAAGAUAAAGAUCCAUUAUCAAAUCAAAAGGGAAAAAAAAAAAAAAAAAAAAAAAAAA